UAUUCUUUUUGGAUUUGUUGAAUAUAGAACGCUGAGAACAUUAGAAAAAUGUCAGUGGAUUGGUUUUCUCAAUUACAAAAGGCCAGAAAAAAGUGUAUCGUCCAGAACAAUCUAAAAAGAAUCCAUUUUGAGUUGGAUGAUAACAGGGAAAUGGUGGAAGAGUACGAUUUAAACACAAACGUAGUUACAAGAAGAGCUUGGAGAAUAAAUAGACAAUUAAAAGGUGAAAAUUCUUGGGAAAUAGAGAUCGGAGAUCCUGAACCAUCAUAUGAUUCGGAUAAUAAAUAUAUUAUCAGAGAAAAUUCCAACCAGCCCUUUAUUACUAGGAGAAAUACCAGAAUCAAUCUAGAAUGGAGGAUAAGGAACCUGCCUUAUCCUAUAGAGGUAUAUUCGGUUCUGGUUGAUAAAGAGCUAAGUGCCCUGAUAGUACAAACCACAAAUAAAAAGUACUACAAGAAGAUAAUAGUACCAGAUUUGCAAAGACUUUGCAUAGAAUUAGAACAAGAAAAUGUCAGCUUUUCCCACAGAUUUAACACCCUUAUUAUAACGUACAAAAAGCCCAGGAGACUGAUUGAUUUUGAAAAGGCAUUGCUCGAAGAAAUUAAGAAAAUCAAGCCAGAGGAUUCUGAAGAGAUUUUAAAAAAUUGCAAAAUUAGUUGAGUUAGUUUUAAUUACUAAAAAAAUGUUUUGUUUUUAUAUUGUUCCUGUGAUUUCCCUUGAUAUAAAAAAUGUACGACUUAAAUAAAUACAAUGUUAAA